CAUAUAUAAUUUCAAAUAUUUUAGUUCAGAAUAGGCCAGACCAAUUCUGAUAUUGAGACCAACAAUAACUUAAAUAUUCUUAAGUUUAGGUCGUUCACCACAGGAGUGGUAAUGAGUCGCUGGCGGCAGUCGGUUGUGGAAAUCCAAACCAGAAAGCGGCAGGUGAAUGAAUGCGAGCGGGCACAGGCCGCCCUGAGCAAAGUGACAGCCUGCUUCCAGCAAAUGGCCACCUCCCUGGGGAGCAACAUGGAUGGGAGCUUCCUUAGAGAGGAGCUGGAAGAAACCAGGACAGUCGCUCAUAAAAUAUGCUCAGGGCUUCACCGGAGGCUGCUAAGUCUGCUGAUAGAAAUGGAGCAAGGACAAGAGGACAAAGAACAGGUUGAACGACAUUGGGUGAUCUUUUUGUCCAGUUUGGAAAACUUCCAGCGGGACCUAAAGAAGGUCAAAGUCUUGCAAGAGAUAUUUCCUCUGACCCAGCGCAAAGAUCGACAAGCCCUCAUCAACGCAGGUUAUGCGGGUGGAACUUCGGAAGUAGCAGCUCGGGCAGCCAUGGUGCAAACACCAUGGUUAUCAGUAGAGGAGACUGCAAGCCUAGACCUGAAGAACCACAUAGUGGAGAUUGAUGUUCUGCUUGAAGAAAUGUUUCAAAGAGUUAAUGUUCCACUGUGGUCCGUUGAACCCACACAAGAAGCCUGGGUAGAAGGCAUUUCGACCCAAGAUGGUGGGCAAGAAGAGGAUGAAAGCUUGGAGGACAUCAUGGAAGUGGAGGUGGUGUCCCAAAAUAGUACAUCAGGUUGUUGCAAUCACCACAACUGCAAAGUAGGCUGUCUACUAUGCCUGCUUAGCUAGGUUCUGAAACUGGGUUAAAUAUAAGUUUCGAAAUCGAGACACAUUCUGCAAUAACUUUUUUCCCCCCAAUAACACAAGUUACAAUUGUUGACCAUUAUACUCUGUAAACCUUUAAAUUAAACAGAACAUUUUUCAAACUAUAUCCUUGCC